AUGGAGGAAAGCUGAAUCUAUCUUGUUCGUGUAUACAACACAGACAGGAGACAGUUACAGUUGGUGCACUGUCACAUUGUAAUGAAUAUUACAUCUCGGAUGCAUCAUCAAGUGUCACAACGUAUUCUGUCUCAUCAUCUUCGUGCGAAGAUCCUCCAGAUGAUUGUAUAGAUCAAAGUUCUUUUCUCCAAGCUUUCAACUUAGUUGAAAAAUCUCUCCUGAAUAAAGAAGGUUAUAAAAAAUUGAGUUAUACUUUUCCUUUGAGACUGAUUGCUCGCAGUAGUCAAAUAACUAAACUUGAAAAUUCACUCAGGCCGAAUUACGUGCAUCAUAUGAAUCAAAUAUUCGAGGACAUGGAUCUUUGUUCUCCUCUUGGACAGCAAGUGCUGAGAACUAACAACCGUGGGUUUCUCGACCCAACUGCUUCCCUCCUGAGUGUCAACAAAUGUGAGAAAUAUUGCCGAUUUUCUGUCGUCAGUCUUCAUCCUGGUCUCUACAAUAUACCACACUUGAGAAACAGGGAGAUGUUGACCAAGUAUCCCAUUACUUACCGACCGUUUCGCAAGACCCAGCAGAAUUCUUCUCAUCAGUACUCUUUCAAUUCCCAGGAGCGUCGUGAGAGAUUUAAGGUUUUGAAGACAGGUUUAAACAAACGAGGAAGAGAACUGAAGAAACAGUGCAAAACUCUAAGAAUAAAAGUAAACAGAUUAUCGAAAGAAGAGAUAAAGAAGUGGGUGAAGAAAAGUUCUCCUAGUACAGGGAAAACGAUUAGAAGUAGUGAUGAUGAUCUUUAUGAAGUACAGUUUAUGGGGAGUUCUCAAUCUCUCUUAUCUUCUUCAAAUAAGCCAAUUUUGGUGUUUUUACCUUUAUCUGUAAAACAACAUUUAGAAAUUGGAACAAAAUCCCAAAACACUACACAGAAUAAGCUUGUAACAGAAAGACAGACACUUUUUGAAGAAUCUAAAAACAGUACUAGUUAUAAUUCUGCUAAUUUAGAAAAUAGCUUAGUGACCGAAUUAUCUGACGGCUUCACACAUGAACAACAAACUUUUUCAGUACUGCAGUUAAAACAAACUAUUUCUGCAUCUUCCCAGAAAAGUAAAAGCCUUAAAAACAGGGAUUUAUUUGAACCAUUUAGAUCAACAGAUGAAAUAGAUGUUUGUUUGUUUAGUAAACCUCCACCUUGGAAACAAAGUAAAUCUUGUCCAAAAACUUACUUGAUUGAGAAAUCAACACCAAAACCCAGUGAAUCAGUUUACAGUGUUCCUAGUCAGGAUGUUUCUGGGAUGAUACAGGCGAGUGUCUCCAAGAAGAGUCGAAGCACUGAAGAUACUGAUUUGUGUAUAAUUGAUUGUGAACAUCUGGACAGAUGUGAACUGUCAGGUUUGUCAGACCACAGUUUUCUAACUGAUUCAGAUUUGAAAUCACAAAACAAUGACUUGCUGAAAAUGUUAUUGCAAACACCAGGACACACCUUAAAUGAAACACCAAGGACUCGCUGCCAUCAGCAACCUGGAAACCCGGUUACUUCACUUAACAAGGGCAAUGGCUCUCCCGCUGUUCCUCACCACAAACCACCAAGAGUUUUGAAGCUCCCUCAAUGUAGUGUGAAAUUGGUUGAUGUGAAGGACACCGUUGAUGACCAGCUGAGACGUAAGAAGAAUACAGUAAAGAUAUCGGAAGCAGAAUUGGUCAACUCUUCCUUGGUUAGUGGUAGUGAUGAUCCAAACCAACGGAAACUAUGUGAAAGAUUAGUCCAUCUUUGUGGAGCAAAACCUGAAGUUGAAUUUCAACUUAUGCCAGCACAGAUGAAAAAUGUUUCUAUGUCAGAGUUACAAAGUCUUGCUUUAAAGUUAUUAAAAAAGAAGACGGAAGCUGCCUUGCAAACUGCAGGCCUCAGUCGAAAUGUUUCUAGUUGCUCCACUGUAGGUUAUAAAAGUUGUCUGUCAUCUCCUAAUAAGCAGAGGACCUACUCUAAACAACAGCCAAUCAAAAACACAAAUUCAGAAAAGACAAAAUACAAUGUAGCGAAGAUUGACUCUUACGGGGAACUUGGAAAAUUUGUUUGUGGUGCUAAUUCAAGAAAGUGUAGAGCCAAAAAGUCUGUAAGCAUUCCUGAAGGUUCCAAAAAUGGAAAUAUAUGUUGUUCCAAUUCGAACUUGAAUACACAAAAAAAGUCUCCGAGCUUAACACCUCCAAAUUUCCCUGUUUCAAAGUCUGUCGCAAAAGAACCCACAAAUGGUAUUCAUUUUGUGAGGGAAAACCCCUUGAGAGAUACACAUACUGUAAACGUACGACACAGUCCCAACUCUACCAAUCAUUUGUCAUCAGACACAAGCAGAGAUUUAACUAAACCCAAUGCAGUUCAGUGGUUGACAUUUUCUGAAGGUGAAACAUACUCCCCUUGUUCUAACAACAUAACUCUACCAAAGAAAAGUCGAAUCUCCUUACAAGGGCCGAGCAGUAGCACACCCGCAGUUCUCCCAGAUUCCCUCCUCAGCCCAUCAACUUCAAGAUAUGAUAGAAAUCUUCCACAUUUUCAAAAAGAACCAACCAAAUGGCUCUUUAAGUGCAAUGGUUGUGGUUUUGCUGCAAGCUUUAUCCAUCCUGCACAAGCGGAAAGGGACAUCACACAGCACGUCACGGCUUAUCAUGCCGUGAUAGACCCCGCUUAUCAUUUAGCCGAAUACUCCUUAAAAUUUGUGGACCACACGGAAGUGGUUAUUGAAGCUUUCAUGGGGCACGUUAUGCCAUCUCCUGCACAGAGUCCAAGCGUAGACUGCAGACUCUCAGCCAAAGCUGAAAGUAAUCUGGUUCGAGGGGGUGAAUGUUCACAUCAGUUUUGUACAGGUCAUGAUGCCCUUGAUGAUGUUGUAGCUUUAGACCACAUGAACUUGAACUGAAGUUCGGAUAUGUUUUUAUUAUCUUUUAAAACUUUUUAAAUUGUAAUUUUAUUGUUUUAAUUGAUACUAAGGUAACUUGUUUGAAAAGCUACCUAACCAUAUGUGGUCUUAAUAAGAAGGAUGGAUAUAAAGAAUUACUAAAACUUCUGUAUCCAUUCAUCCACUGCCUGUCGUCACAGCAGAUACAUUAUACCACUAUUGUUUUUAUAUUACAAAUGCAGUUAAAUGAAAAUUUAAGAAAUUUAUUUUUUCAAUACAAGGAUAGUAUUGUGUAAAAUUAUUGUAUAAUAUUUCCUCAAAUUUACACCAGAUGGCCCUCUUUUUAUCUGAAAGAUGUAUUUGUUUUGAUAUAAGAUAUUUAUAAAUACACCAUCAAAAUGAAAAUAUUGCAUAAAUUAAACUCUACUUAAAAUAUUUUUAACUUUCUGACUGUAGAUAUAUAGGGACAUUUGGAUGAUGUUUGUAAGAUUUGUGAUUAUAUAAAGUAAUAGAACAAUGUUGAUAUGCAGGUGGAUGAUAUUUUAGGAAAUUAACACCUACUUAAAGAUUGAAGUUAAUAAAUUUUCUGAUGUUACAUAAUUAUAAUUAUUUAAAAUGUUUUAUGUGUACUGUGAGACAUCGAAAUAAAAGAUGUGUAAAAAAUGUUUACAUCUGACAAUAAAGCAGCUUGUUUCGCCC